AUGGCCUUGGCCUCGCAACUCGAGUUACCCGACCACAGUAGUAUCUCUCAUCGGCGGAGCAACCUCGUUCCAUCGCAAAACACGUCUGUCCUUCUGCACACAACCAACGAAGACCCUAACUCCGUCCAGCAAUGGAAAAACAUGCUACUCGCCGGUUAUGGGGGCACACUCCACCUCUUUGACGACCAGUUCUGUCAUCAAGACGUGGAUGCAGCGAUUGCUGCGUCCGCUCUAGCCCUUGCCGCCGCCACAGUAACGCUAGAGAACAUACCUCAGCUUGUGCAAGCUCGUGGUCGCAAGGAUGAAAACGAUAUGCUUCCGUCACUGGUUUCAGUCUGCAAGUCCUUGGUCCAAAGUAUUCCCGAUAACACCCGGCCGAAAAUUAUCGAUUCUCAUGCCAAACGAUUAUCUUCUCCCUUCCGAGGUGAUCAUGUCACUGGGCCCGACGUCGUCAUCGUCGAACCUGGACCGUGGGAUGCGACCAAGUCUGUUGUCGAAUUUCUCGAAACUGAUUUCAUCGACGAGAAUGGCGAGUUCAAAGAGGACGGCACGUCAAUAAACGCCGCCAUUCAAUUGGCCAAGAGCGCACGAAACAUCCUCGCCAGCUUAGGCGGCACCCAUGUUUUUGUAUCCGCCGUAUUCCAACAUGAAUUUGCGCGAAUAUACCGGUUUGACCAUGGCGGAUUCAAGGCGUCGCCAAGGUUUCCAUGGAUCACAAACCCUCGUCCUUUUGCUACCCUGCUACACCGCCUGUCUGUUCCACAAACGCUUGGAGCUCUCCAGCCCGAAUACACUGAAGGUGUUGACGAUACUAUCUCUCCUGCCUCCCCAGAAGAAAAGAAGCGGCUAUGGACAGCGCUCUGUGACGACGAGUUCUACAGCACCAUAUUCACAGACGAAGUCAUCUUCAACGGGCACUGUAAGAAAUUUAUUGCGGCACGCAGAGUCUCCCCCGAAGAUCCGCAUAGCGCCUCAACGCUGGUCACAUGCCUUCAACUUGGAGAACCUCUAUCGCUUUCCGAUGGUCUUUUCAGUCGUGCUACUCGUGUGUGUCGUGUUGCCAUUCUGGAAGAUCUUCCUAUUCUGAAGAUAUAUGCUCUGAAAGACGCGUGGAAACAAGGCUAUCGUCGCAACGAGAUUGAUUUCUACGACUUAAUCAGGGUGUAUGUCCAGAAUCUCAACGACAUCGAGAAAUUUCACCCGGGAGAUCCGGAUGACUGGACAAAGAAGUCGAAGGCUUUCGGGAUGGCCAAAUGCCAUGGGAUGAUCAACCUUGCUGAACCUUAUGACCCGAAUCAGGCACCCUGGCAGUGGCGGCCUGAGCUCCACAAGACCAGUUCCCAGAAAGAUGAAGUUUCGGACGACGACAAGGCUCUCUAUGAGCGUUAUCAUACUCGUGCCCUUAUCACGCCUGUGGGCUGCCCUUUGAACCAAUUUCCCUCCACUGAGGUCCUCUGUCGGGGAAUCAUGACGGCGUGUUUCCACCAUGAAGUCGCAUACAAUGCUGGUGUUCAGCACUGUGAUCUCAGCGAGGGCAAUCUGAUGUUCGAUGAAAAGACGAUGAAUUCGGAGCGUCCUCAAGUCUUCCUUAUCGACUGGGAUUAUGCAGAGUUUGUCAAAGACGAUGACAGUGAUGGGGCCGCUUUGUUCAAACAGAAUUUUCCAACACGGUCUGUUGGUAUUGAUGUUGGGCUCAAGGAGGGGUUCAUGCGAUUUACGGGAACUCUACCUUUCAUGGCGCUCGGGCUCCUUGACAGCAUGAAGCUACGAACUCCGCUCCGCCAUAAGGCUUAUCACGACCUGGAGUCUUUCUUUUGGAUUCAGAUCUGGAUGCUGUCACGAUACACGAACUACUUGGACGACCCCAGUCCAGACGCAUCAGAAGAUAGUGCCUGCAGCCGUAUCUUUGGCUGGGCAGAUGGCGAAUCGAAGAUCUCGUUCAUAGUAAAGCCUCUCCAGAUCAGGAGUCCGUCCCUCUCUCGCGAGAAUCCGCCUCUCUCUCGGCUGUGUGAGAGUUUUCGAAUACGGGUGAUGAACCAGAACCCCUGGGCGCAAAAUGAAGAUGACGACGAGCUGAUCAGAUCCAGAUCGCAACUUCCGGAGAAAACUGGGGAUGAACGAGUUCAACAUCUUCGGCACUUCAUUGUGCAAGACCUUUAUGAUGCGUCUUUGAAGCGACAUGGGUGGGUGCCAAGGGACCGCACGAGAGAUUUUGUCGCAAAAGCUCGAGUAGGAGGGUCAGCGUCCAAGUCGGGCUCCGGUUCGAGAUCCCGUGCGACUCCAAAGAAAUCAGGAGAGUUGGCGUCCAAGUCUGGCUCCGGAUCGAAAUCCCGCGCGUCCCCAAGAGAGUCAGGCUCCGGAUCAGGCCCGACUCGCACCGUCCGAUCACGGUCUUCACCCGCGCCGCCAUAUUAA